AUGGGAGUUACGACAUCCCCUCAUGAGCUGCUUCAAGCCGCGCGGAUAGCGCCAGAAAUCUUCAAACUCCGGCCGGACUAUCGCGCUCUUUUGAUGGUUGUUGAGAAUAUUCCUCCGGGUGCUAGCGAUGCUUCCAGCGAGGUUCUUCUACAAGAAGCCGAAACUUGUGUGCAAGAACUACUAUCGAAACACUCCUCCAUCACUGACUUUCCGCAUAUUGCGGCAUGGAGAGAUGCAUAUAAAGCAUUUGGGGCCAAACCUCAAAAAACACGCAACAGCCUCGAAUCCUUGACACGUCGUGCAGAUGGUGGCUUGCCGCGGGUCAAUAGAUUGACAGACAUCUACAACGCCAUUUCAGUCAAACACCAAAUUCCCCUGGGUGGCGAAGACCUCGAUAAAUAUGAUGGAUCACCGUUCCUGAUUCGUGCUACUGGCCAAGAACCAUUCGAAACCUUUUCUGGUGGGGAACCUAAAUCGGAGCUCGCUGCGCCUGGGGAACCUAUUUGGUGUGACAACACUGGUAUCACUUGUCGUCGCUGGAAUUGGCGGCAGGGCCCACGGACCGCCUUGACUGAUGAGACCAGCCGCGUUUUAUUCAUUCUGGAUGCGCUGGACCCUCUUUCUGAUGAUUCUUUGGUCCAGGCUGCCGAUGAGCUUGCAUCGGCACUGAAAAGCCUUUCUCCAGAGGUUCAGACAACCUGCCGCAUUAUUCGAUCAGCGGAGAUGAACGAUGAUGUCAAGGCUUGA